CCUCUCCACUCUGCCACACCAGCAGCAGGCAAGCAACCUCGGUCAUCCUCCACCCCCAGAACCUACUAGCUCCAGCAAUGGCUGCCACGAUGGCCCUCUCCUCCCCAUCCCUCGCCGGGAAGGCGGUGAAGCUCGCCCCCUCGGCCUCCGACGUCCUCGGGGAGGGCAGGGUGACCAUGCGCAAGAGCACCGCAAAGGCCAAGCCCGCGGCGGCCUCCGGCAGCCCCUGGUACGGCCCCGACCGCGUCAAGUACCUGGGCCCCUUCUCCGGCGAGCCCCCGUCCUACCUCACCGGCGAGUUCCCCGGCGACUACGGGUGGGACACCGCCGGGCUGUCGGCCGACCCGGAGACCUUCGCCAAGAACCGGGAGCUGGAGGUGAUCCACUGCAGGUGGGCCAUGCUGGGCGCCCUGGGUUGCGUCUUCCCGGAGCUGCUGGCGCGCAACGGGGUCAAGUUCGGGGAGGCGGUGUGGUUCAAGGCGGGCUCCCAAAUCUUCAGCGAGGGCGGGCUGGACUACCUGGGCAACCCCAGCUUGAUCCACGCCCAGAGUAUUCUGGCCAUCUGGGCCUGCCAGGUCAUACUGAUGGGCGCCGUCGAGGGGUACCGCAUUGCCGGCGGGCCGCUGGGAGAGGUGACGGACCCGCUGUACCCCGGCGGCAGCUUCGACCCGCUCGGCCUUGCCGACGACCCGGAGGCGUUCGCGGAGCUGAAGGUGAAGGAGAUCAAGAACGGGAGGCUGGCCAUGUUCUCCAUGUUCGGCUUCUUCGUGCAGGCCAUCGUCACCGGGAAGGGUCCCUUGGAAAACCUGGCCGACCACCUGGCGGACCCCGUGAACAACAACGCAUGGGCCUACGCCACCAACUUCGUCCCGGGCAAGUGAGCAACCAUAGUGUCGGUUUGUCACCACCACCACCAUCACCAUCACCACCAUCUCGUUAGGCUUCUCAUGAUUUGAGAUGUCUUGUAUCCCAUGUACUACUCUACUCUACUCAACAGUAUGUUCUUUCGUUGGUCUC